GGCAGCGCUAGUCCUGCUCCUACUGCUACCCAUCGACACAGCGGUACGCGCAGCUCACCCCUCCUCUUCGCCCUUAGUGAAGCGCCUCACCGGCAAGGGCGUGCAGGGCAAAGGGGCCCGGUGCAAGCAUGUCGUACCCCCAUGGAGAGCAUCCGUACAGCGGCGGGGCGAGCUCCAGCAGCAACCACUCGCACAGCUUCAGCUUCUCGCAUUCGCACACCCCACAUGCUUCCUUCUCGGGCGUGCCGGUCCAGGGAUACAAUAUUGGGUCGCAACAACAGCUGCAGCAGCUACCUCCCGACAGCUCCACGACAAAGGGCAGCUUGUCGCACGACUCUUCCUCGUUCAAUGGCUCCUCUUCGACAGCCCUCGGCCAAUCUUCGGGCCCAUCCAACACGCAACGGCUCAUCUCCAGCAUUGUCUCGCGGCUCGGGAAAAAGCUGCCACACAUUUCGGGCACUAGGCUCUCGUCGAUGGAGGAAGAGUCGCUCGUGCGAUCGAGCGUCGCCUUUCUCGUCGAUCUGGCCGAGUUUGAGCUCUCGAGCGUCGUCAAGGAGCUGCUCGUCAGCCUCGAGAGCCUCAACAAGAACUACCACGAUGAGAAACCAAGCGCAGAGGUGAUGCAGUCGCAGCUGUUUAUGCUCCAGGUCCUCGCUUCGUGCAUGAUCCAUUCCUGGCAGUGCCAAGAGAGUCAGUCGGCGAUGCCACCAGAGGACGGGAAUAAGACUGUCGAUGCAGAAGCAGAAGGAGCAGCAGCAUCAGCAGCAGCACCUGCGGCAUCGAGGACAGAGCCACGACGCAGGCAGAGCACUGGCUCGGGUGUGUCUGCAGACGCCGAAGGUGCUGCCAAAGGAUGGGGAGAUCCGCCUCCGCUCGACGAUACGCUGGCAAAGCAGAUACUCAGCGUCAUGACCGUCUUCCUCCGACAGUCGGUGGCGCGCGAAGACGUCGUCCUGGACGCAGCCCUGCUCGAUCAAGGCUAUGGAUCGGGGCUUGAUGGGUCCAGAGCAAGGGGCCAAGACGCCAGAGUGUCAGAACGGUCGGACCGGCAGCAGAAAGAGGCAGACAAACAGCAGGGCAAGGGCGGCGCAUUUGGAGGCUCCAAGACGUCUUGGGACGAUGGCGACGGAGAGGCCUCGCUCUCAGAGGGCAUGCCCCUGUCUGCGCUGGCCCUGGCAAACGGAACGGGCCUCUUUGUCCUCCAUCCCAGCUUCCCACCCUCGCGUUCUCCCUUUGUCCUUGUCACACCUCAGCAGAAGCAGCAGCAACAGGACCAAACAAAGAGCAAGAACAGCACAGCACGGUGGGACUCGGCCCUUCCUCGAUUCAAGUCAGACUCGGUCGAGAGCAUCAUCUCGCCCUCCUUUUCAAAGAGUCAGAUCAUCGUCGCGCCUCUGGCAAAGGCCAUCUACCGCCUCGCCAGUCAGGUCAUCUUCUACCUCAGCUCGAGCAACUGGCCCGUCGUCUACGCUCGCAUUCGCAAUCGACUCAGCUACCUACGACAGACGGCUGAGGAGCUGCCCAAUCCGGCCGAGCUGAGGCUGCUCGAAUGCAGCAACUUGCAGCGUGCUCGCCUGGCCACCAUCUGCCAGGAGCUCUGCUCGACGUUUCUCCAGCUCAAGCGCAAUGCGCAGCAGUCACUGGCCCUUGUCUUUCGACGCACCGUCUGGGCCUGGAUCCAGUACCACCCGUCGGAGUUUGCCACCCUCUUUGCCAUCGGCAAGCGUCUCGAGGGCGGACCGGAUGUCCUGUUUGACCACGUGCUCAACCUGGCCGAGUCGACUCGCAGGAAGCAGAUCUACUGGCCCAUGCUCACCUCGCUCCUCCUCCUCUGUCCCGACAUCAUUGGCAAGGCCGCCGUGGGACCCGAGGGCCGGAAGAGUGGCAGCCUGGCCAAGAAGAUCAACUUCCUCGAGACAAUUCGCAAGGCCCUCAAGCAGAGCAAGCUCUCCGACAUUGCUGCCCUCUGUCUCGUCGAUGUAUGCAAGGCGGCGACGUGCACGACAAAGGCCGAGUCCGGCCUGAGACUGCUGGCGCACGACGUCGAGAGUGAACUCAAAGACAAGCUCUUUGACCCGGCUCAUCCGCUGCUCAACUCCGCAAAGGCCGUCGAGGUGGCCACCAUGGUCGAGGCCUUUGUUGCCUUCUUCCGGCUCGACCCGCAAAAGACGAUGCUCGACCUCGUCGCCGUGUGCACGAGUAGCAAGAGCCCCAUUGCCUUUCGCGUCGUCCUCGUCAAGGCAUGCAUCCAGCUUGCCAGCGAGCGAGGCAGGCUGCCGUGGAACCCAGACGUGUCGAUGCUGUACCCAAAGGUCAGCGCCCUUGUCCGAACCUGGUUCAAGGACAUCGUCUACCGCUGGUCAAGGCCAUCCGAUGCCGCUGCGGGUACACAGCAAAAGUCGGAGACGAGGCGGGCGUUUGCGAGGAGCGUCGUGCCCACCAAGGCCUCGUCUGCUGCUGCUGCGGCCUCCACUGCCGCCGCCGACGAAGCCGCCGGCCGCCUCGACCUGCUCCAGUCUAUUCUCCAGCUCUGGCUCAUCGACCCUCUGUCGAUCCACCACGGCAUGACCUAUACCCAUUCGGUUUCGCUUGCCGACUUGGCGGGCUCCAAGACGGUGCAUGACGUCGACGCGCUCCUUCGCAACGCACUGCAGGUCGACAGCGUCGUUGCCCUCGUCUACACCGUCUGCCGGUCCGUCUCGUCGUGGGACCACUGGCAGGUCCACGAAAAGGCCAUCGAUGUCCUCGAGCUGUGCUGCCGGGGCGAAGCAAAGUCAGAGACAUCGAGGCAGUUUUUCUCCCAGGCUGGCAUGGCUCUCGAAUCCUGCCUACCUCGCUACACCGCCCAGGCUGCCGACACGCUCGCAGCCCAGGAGGAGACGGAAGCACAGCGGCACUGGCUCAAGGUCCUGCAGAGAGCCUUUCACCAGCGCAUCAUCUCCCUCGACCGGAUUAAGCGCUCAGGCCUGGCCAAGGACCAAGUCAAGAGCUUCUUGCCAACGAGCGAGGACGUCGUUGACGAAAUCUCGCGCGUCGAAAAGGCCGUGCUGCUCACUGCGUGCAGCUCAGACAUUGACGUCUGCAGCGAAGCGCUGCAUGCUUGCAAGCUCAUGAGUCGCUUGAGCCAGAUCUCGCUUCACUUCUACCCUCCCACGCGGGAGUAUGUCGUCCUGUACAAGAACCUCGGGGCCGCAGACCUGCAGGCGACUGGACGCAUCGCGCAGCAGAAAAAGAUCCGUGCCUUGCUCAGAGACGCCGACAACAUGUCGCUGUCUGGCCUCACGGCGUGGAAGGAGGCCUUCAAGCGGUGGGAGCAGCUCACCCUCGUCGUCGCAAGGCCCCUGGCCGAGGAGUCGCCCGACGCUGCACAGGAAAAGGCGGCGCAGUGGCACAACUACACGGGCUUCCUCUGCGCCCUUGGCGGUGUCUGUACCACGGCUUCUGUGGAUGCUGUAGCCCACGGCUGGCAAGUCGAGGUCGAUGGCAGCGGCGCCCCUGUCGAAAGCGCUCCCCGAUCGCCCAUGCAGACCGUCGAGGGUUUUGUUCAGGAGCUCGUUGAUCUCCUCGUGUCCGACUCCAUCUGGGUGCGCGAAAAGGUCAAGGAGACGCUGGGCAACGACCUGAGUCCCAAGCUGUACGGCAUCCUCUUUCGCAUGAUCCACGGCCUCCUGAGCGACCUUUUCGACCAGGCCACCGGCACACCUCGACAGUCGGACAUGUUCACCAUCUUUGUCGACCACUCCGUCUCGGUCAUGCAGGUGACGCUGGACCGCAUGAAGGAGCCCACCGAGGGCAGCCUUGCUGUCGACAUUGGCGCAGUCCUCGUCCUCUGCGUAGAAUACCUCAACUCGCUCAACAAGCGCGACGUCCAGGGGCUCCGCAUCAAGACAUCACUCUGCCAGCUGUGCCAAGGCAUCAUGGAGAAGAAGUCCUACUUUGCCUUUUUGAACGAGCUCAAGGUCCGCAACCGCAUCUUCCAGGUCCUUGGCGGCUGGACGACGGACUCGGCAGACGAGACGCUGUCCACCGAUAAGCUCGACAAGCUCCAGCGGGACCUCGAUGUCGUGUGUCUCGAGACCAUGUCGAUCUUGCUCGAUAAGCUGCCCCUGCUCCUGGCCGAGGAUGCCAUGCUCCUCGACGACAAGCUCGAAUGGGCAAAGUCUCGCCAGUAUGCCUACUACUUUGGAUACUUUAUCAAGCACCUCAAUCGGGCCCGCGCUAUCGAGGAGGCAGCGGCGGGUGAAAAGAAAAAGCAGCAGCAGCACCACCAACAGCAGCUCGACUCGGCCUCGACAAAGGCCUCCACAGCCCUGGCAUCAUCCACGUCCUUGACGACGAUGAACACCGGCAUCACGACUGUAGGCCGCGGUCAGGUGCUUCCGGAUCCACAGCCUCUGAAGAAGUCGGCCAUCCUGGCUUUGUCGAACCUGCUCGCGUCGAACAUCAACACUGGUCUCAAGCAGUCGCUGCAGCUCGCCUAUGAGGAAGACCCGCAGCUGCGCAAGGCGUUUAUGCAGAUUAUGACAAACGUCUUGAACCAGGGAACCGACUUUGACGACCUCGAGCGCCUCAACUCGAUUUCGCGAAAGCAGAACAAGCUCAUCGACCUCAUCUGCAAGCCAGACAUGCAGCUCGCCCUGGCCAUCUGCCAGAUUGGAUCGAGAGACAUGGAGACGAUGGAGCAGAUCAUGCUCAGUAUCUUUGACUCGCGGGGCGGCAUCAUCAAGUUUCUCAAGGCCUCGAUCACCGAGGAGAUUGAGUCGGCAGGCAGCGCAGAUAUCAUCCUCCGUGGCAACUCGUUUCACAUCCAGCUCCUCUCCCGCUUUGGACGGACACACGGGUACGAGUACUUGCGACACAUUCUUGCGCCCUUGCUCCAGAAGAUGGCACAAAAGCCACGGGGAUACUCAUUUGAGAUGGACCCAUCGCGUCUUGCGCCUGGCGAGAGCGUGGCCACGAACCAGAAGCACCUCGAGGAGACCGCCCAGUCCUUCAUCGACACGAUCUGCGACUCGGCCCACAGGGUGCCUGCUGUGCUGCGCGAGCUCUGCCGGCAUAUUCGCACGCUCAUGGACCGUCGCUUCCCCAAGGCUCGCUACCAGGGCGUUGGCGGUUUCAUGAUUCUCCGCUUCAUCACGCCUGCCAUUGUCUCGCCCGAGAACAUCGACAUCAACCUCACUGCGCCUGGUCCCGAGCUCCGAAAGGGCCUGGUCCUCGUCAGCAAGAUUCUCCUCACGCUGUACUGCAACCAGCUCUUUGCCAGCCACAAGGACCCGCACCUGACGAACCUCAACGACUUUCUCAGGCGCAACAUCUACCGUGUCGCGCGCUUCCUUGACGACGUCUCGGAUACACGGACCGACCCUGAGAGGCUCCUGGCCGCAGACCAGCCCCUAGGCUACGGGAUUCAUCCGUUCGGCUACGGCAUCGACCAGCGAGAUCAGGACUACUUGCAGAAAUACCUCUUGGACCACGUUGACGACAUUGGCAAAUGGCUGCUGACUCGGAACUCGACUCCGAUGUCCCAGUCGCAGGGUCCGACGAGCAAUGCUGCUGAUGCUGGCUCUGUUGUCAGUGGCCCCUCGACGACCGCCAGUAACGGCGAGGGACCUGGUGACGGCAAGCGUGUCUAUGAACAGCUGUGCGUCACCCUUUCGGAGCUUGAGGAUCCGCGGACAGAGGACCAGAACGGUCUCUCUGCUCUGGCACAGCAGAGUGCCGAAGAGAGCAAGGCCACCCACGAGGAGUUCCUGCGCCGCCACCGGGAUCGCAACGUCGAUGAUGCCAACUAUGCGGCCAUCUUUCGAGAGGGCGGUCUGUCGAAAGCGAACCGUAUCGUCUUUUACUACACACUCUUCCACCAAGACGCACAGACGCUCGACUAUGAGGGCUUCAUCCUCUAUGUAUUGCGACUGUUGGACAAGUGCAAGAGCAGGCUCUUUGACCUCGUCGUGGACUGCACUGCGUCGGCACCUAACAACAUGACGCCGCACCAGUGGAUCACCUACUUUACAUCGCUUCUGCCCUUGGAGGUUGCGACGAACCUGAGGACUGUCAUUGUCUUCAAUCUCAACACAACGUCGAGGCACUAUGCCAGGCCGUGGAUCUCGAGCGACGCGCAGGGUGGGGCCAGCGGAGGCCAGCGUGGCCCACGUCCCGUUCCCUCGGCCUCCUCCGCUUCGAUCAGGAGCUUCCUCCAGGCCAACCUCACCAUCACCUCCUGCAACGCCAUCCACGACCUGGAGAUGCUCAUAGACAAGCGUCACAUUGCGCUGGACCCACUGACGACGGAGAUUGCCAACACUCCGCCCGAAGUCCGGUUCCACCAGAUCACGAUGGUGUGGUACUACCGCGCACUCAUCCCUGUCACUUUUCGGAUCACGGGCGAGUACCUGCAGAUUGCGGCGCUCAAGUCGCAGAACUUUGUGCUUGGCAACAAGGUCCUCACCAACGACGUACUGCACCUGGCCGACAUUGACGAUGUCCGCGCCAUUUCGAUUCGGGGAGACGACAACACGUUCUUCAUCACCUGCCGGGGAGGCAGCAUGUCGUUUCUCUUCAUCAGCCGCGACCGCUCCGACAUCGUCCAGGGGCUCCGGCAGGCCAAGGCGCGGGUCUCCAAAUUCAGGGCACCGACGAAGGCCAUGGAAAGGAUGUUGCUGCCGAGCGACGUGCCAGGAACGCUCCUCAACAUGGCCAUGCUCAACAGCACGAGCAGGGACAAUGGCCUGCGACUCAGCGCAUACGACCUCUUGUGUGCUCUGUCGACGUCAUUCAGCUUUGGAGCGAGCAAUGCACGAAAAAGGCUCUUGAGCACCAAAGGCCUCGCUCUGUCGGCCAACACGAUGAGCUUCGUCUCGGAGCUCAGCAAGGACUUUGCCGUCGCAGCACCUGGUGUCACGCUCGAGUUUUUGCUCUCGUUCUUUGAAGGCUUCGAUUCAGCGGCGACAAGUCAAAAGACCAUGUGCCUGCAGUACAUGGCGCCUUGGCUAUCCAAUCUCGUCAUGUUCACCCACACAGCGCGGGACCAGCAGCCGGAGUACCAGAAGCGCAUCCGGGAGAUUCUCUCGCACCUCAUCGACAUCACCGUCAAGCAGCCGGAUAUGUAUGCGACGAUGCAGCGGUGUGUCUGGAUGCAGAUCAGCAAGCUCGAUGACCUCAUUCCUCUCAUCCUCGACGUCUUUACCGAGGCAGCCAUGGAUUCGGGUUUGCACACGCCCCGCUUCGAGAGCGUGCUCGACACGAUGGUGUCCUUUUCGUCCAUCAAUCUCCGAGGAAAGCUCUUGACCAAGCUGAGGAGGGUGAUUGCCAAGACGGCGCAGAAUCCGACGGUGAGCCAGCUACACGAAAACGCGGCUUGGAAGGAGAUUGCGACGCUGGUGCGCAUGAACAUGGUCCUCUCGUUCACCAGCCGGCUCGAGUCGCAGCUCUACUUGGCUGAGCUGCUCCACGUCAUUCUGCUCUUGGCUGGAAACGGCGUCGAUGCGACACGUCAUUCGAUCCAUGGAACGGCCGUCAAUCUGAUGCAUUCUCUCUGCACCGAAGACGCCAAGGACUCGAGGCACCAUCUCCAGCGAAAUGGAGGUAUCGCAGCAAACGAACUUGAGUCAGUGACGAAGCCGUCGACGCCCUCGGUCCUUGACAACACCGAAGGUCUGCAGCGGCUCCGUCUGCUGCUCGAGAAGUUCUCCGACGACGACUUUCUCACGCUGUUUGGACUGCCAGCUGGCAACUGCAAUGCGUUUGACGCUUCUCCGUCGAUCGUGCGGGAGUCUCCCAACAAUGCGUCCAUCGAGAAGCUGGCUUCGAUCAUGUAUGAGAUUGCCGAGAUUGCGGCCCCCACGAUCGACACGGCAAAUGCAUGGCGCGCCCGGCUAACGAGCCUCGUAACGAGCACAGCGUUUCAGUACAACCCCAUCAUCCAAUCGAGGGCCUUUUUGCUCCUGGGUUGUUUGGCCGACUUGACCGGCUCCAUGUUGGUCGGCGCCAAGCACGAGGAUGUGGCCCUGUUCGAGGUCGACGACGAUCUCCUGUACCAGAUUCUCGUCUCGCUGCAUGCCAGCAUCAACGAGUGGAGCAACGCCGGCAACGAGGCGCCGAUGAUCAGUAUCAUUAGGUGUCUCAGCAAGGUGGUCAAGAUCCUGCCCGACGGGUCAAAGUACCUUCCUCGGAUGUUCUGGAUCGGCGUCUCGAUGAUCCAAUACGGUCAUGUCUCGAUCUUCAAGGCCGGAGUAGAGCUGCUCCUUGCAACAGUGACGAGUGUCUGCAGUCGAGAUCUGCCCGCGGAAAUGGGCUUGGAUCUCUUUGGAUUCUUGCUCGAGGGCCGCUACGACUUUCGGGAGGAGACCACGGCGCUAGACGAGGCCACUGGCGUCGACUUUGAGUCCAACUUUAGCUUUGCCAUGGCCGCGCUGCUCGUCAAAGGCCUGCGCCAUCCGAGCACAAAGGAGAUCACGACGGAGCUCUUGACGUCGAUGCUCCGAUUUAGUGCAUUCGAUGUCGAUGGAAACUCCAGAUCGCUGGACGGGCGCGUGUCCACGGUGCAGUCUGGCUUCUUUAUCGCCCUUCUCCCCACGGCGACGCGGCCAGAGGAGUUUGGCGCGCUGCUCGCAACCGCGGGCGUGGACGAGGCGGUGUGCACCAAAGUCGUCGAGCGCCGUCGUAGGGACGAGGCCCGGGGCGCCUUUUCGGACGGAGACCUGCUUGGUGGGGACGAUGACCAGGGGGCUGCCGCAGCUUCCCCCGAGGAGCCUCGAGGGCUCUUUGCUCAUCUGGAUCAGAACCUCGAGAACAAGGUGGCGCUGCUUACCGUCACGCUUCUGGCUUCUCUGCUGAGCCAUGCCGAGUCCAACGCCGAGAAGCACAUCCUCUACGGGUUCCUGGCCGACUCGGCGCGCGAGUUUCCCGUCGGUGUCUCGAUUCUCAUCGAGAGUCUCGAUGUCGGGAUGCGCGACGUGUUUGAAAACAGCCAGGUCGGCUCGCUCCUCGACUCGAUCCACGUCAUUGCACGCAUCGCCGCCAGCAAGCCCGUCUUUGCGGCCCAGGCCCGAGAGACGGCCAGACGCGGCGGGCCAGCCGUGUACCUCGAGGAGACGGGCUAUGCGGCGCUGCUCGAUUGCGGAAGCUUUGUCCCGCUGGGCAACCUCCGGAGGAUGCACUUGGGCGAGCUCAGCAACAAGAUGCUCGUCGCCCUCAUCGACAGCGUCACUGGGUAGCGGAUCCGGAUUUCUCAUUCAACGAAAUUUCGAUAGGGUAAAAGAGGAAAGAGGAAGAGGCAAGGAAAAGAGAAAGGGGAAAGAGAGGAUUGUUGUUGUUGUUGUUGUUGUUACUACCUUGUACUGUACGAUAUCUCACACAUUUUUCUUUACUACUACCAUUACUACGACGACGGGACCCAUGGCCAAAAACGACAUACACAGUACAUACACACUUGCACAUGAAUGAAACACAUCUGUUGAUC